CUUUGGAUCCUGCAGCCACAACUUACCUACUUACCUUUGCCUGACUUGACUGAACUUGCAUGCACAAUCAUCAUCACAUAGCCAGAAUCCGAUUCCUCGCGCUCAAUCUCACUUCUCCUUUCAUCCCAUCUUGACCCUCCAGCUCGCCACAUCUCCACCUCUCGUGGUUCAUCGAUGCGACUGCUUCAUCGACGUCAGGGCAUGAUUUAGAGCCUGCCGCCGCGGGUAAAGACAUAUUACUUUGUUUGCUUGGCCUGUUGAUCGUCCACCAGCCCAACGAGCGAGACCGAGAAAUCUGCCCCCAUUGUGCUCUAAACCUCCUCCGAUAUCUAUCGCGAACCACCACCGACCGUAUAUACACUAGCAUGAGGUUGGCAGACGAGUGAAGGGUCGGAACACACAUUGAUACACCUGUUGUGGGCGUGGUAGGGUCGAAACAUAUCUCAGGUUCACCGCUGGCGAAAUCAAAGACAUCAUGGAUCCAAGACAACCGCCGCAGCAGCCCUUCUCGCGGAAUUCCGCGUCACCAUAUGGACGAACCCCUUUCCACCCUUCCUCGAACCAAGCGCCGUUCCCUCCAGCCUCGCAUCCUCCACCAGCCGCGCCCUCGUAUGCAGAGCAUAAUCGAAGACCGUCAGAUCCUCCAUAUUACAAUACGCAGCGGAGCUACGCUCCAGAAGGUCCUCCGAUGUCAGGUCCAGGCCAUUCAAGACACCAGAGUGCUUCUUCAGUUGGUCAUGGUACACCAGUAAAUCGAAGUAUGCCUCCACCAUCUUCACCUCAGCAGCAAGCUUCACAACAGCCAUCACAUCUCUAUGGUCCUCCGCCUCCCAGACCCCCACCGGUGUCGGUAGGACCGCCAACCUCAUUCCCAAGCCGGGAGCUCCCAUCUCUGCCGCCCCUGGGCCGACCAGCAAGCAAUGGAGGCAGCAGUAUGUCCAUUUCGUCCAUGCUUGGAGGACCACCUCCUGCAGCACGCGAACCACCACCCUCUCACUACGCCUCUCCGGUGACGACCUCAGCUCCUCCACCUCCUCCUUCAUCAUCAUUAUUCGGGCAAUCAACAAGAAUGACAACCACUGCGCCAGAAUAUGCUCCUUUCCGACGACCACAGACACCUGAACAUCAGCGACCAUAUGAGCCAAGGGAUAGCAGGGCCAGUUCGGCGGGGUCACCACCAAAUAUGGGACACUACUCUACACCCGAGGCGAGACGGUUUGGUACACCACAACAAGGGUAUGCACAACGAGUGCCAGUUGUAGAGGAAAGAAGAGAGCCGGCAAGGGUGCCGAACCCAAAUGUGGUCCCUCCACCCAGACCGAGCAGCCAGCCAAGCUACAAUCCCCCUCCGCCAAGGAUUUCUGAGAAUCCUCGACCGCCCAUUCAUGGAGAAAGCAUAUUCGGUAGAAGGGUGGAGACAGUACCAAGGGCACCAGAACCUAUCAGUCGAGCAGAGCCUGCUUAUGGCAGACCAGCGUUUGAGGAGAGACAUACUGCUUAUGGCUAUGCAGAGCGUGAGAGGCAAGAACGUGAAGCGGCAAUGAGGGAAAGGGAGAGAGAAGAGUCUAUUCGCCGAGAGCGGGAGCAGAGGGAAAGGGCAGAGCAUGAACACGUGUUGCAGAGAGAAUAUGCACACCAGAUUGCUCAAAGAAAUUCACAGGGAUACAGUAGGGCACCAGAACCUCGAGAGCAACCUGCAUGGAUGCGAUCCGGCCAUGAACCUCCGAGACCGCCACCAUAUGAACGACCACCGUAUGAGCAGCCUCCAGAACGAGUACCACCACAACAAGUUUCGAAUGGUUAUGAAUAUCCUGUAACUUCUGCUCCACAGUAUGGAGGGCCACCUGCUUAUGCACCUCCGGAACCCCGUCCCGUCGACCACAGAUAUGGUCCUCCUCCGCCACCCCCUGCCGUAACCGCACCACCUCCGCAGCACAAUAUCCCACUUGCAGCGUACGAGGCAGCCAUGGAGCGAGAGAGAGCUGCCGAGGCUCAACGACGCCAACAACCUAUGUAUGGCGCUCCCACUCAAGCAUACCAACCUCACGAAUCACCCCAACGAAGACCGGUUGAAGAACAAAUACAGCAACAAAGAAGUUUGCUUAGCGUUCAGGAAAUCAAUCGCAGGGGGCGGGCUUCUCCUUUACCACAAGCUGUUCAAGGUGCACAACAUCAAAUAAAUGGACCUGGCGGAGAGCCAAGUAUCAAGAAUGAGUUUGGUAGGAUGUUUUCGGGUAUUGGCAGUGGAGUUGGAGCUAUGGGCAUGCCAAGUCCUGUGGCUAGCGGCAUUCAAGGUGUUCCAUUUUCAAAUUCUAGUCAGCCACGUCGUGACGAUCUUGAGUCGUUACAGGACUCGCCUGUGGAAAAUGGAGGACAUCAAUUGGCACGGACCUCAUCCAGGGGCGGCAGGCGACGAAAGCUCAAAGAGGAAGAUAGCAAAGGUGAUGAUGAAAGCAGUAAUGGACGACUUACACCGAGUGGGCGUGGAAAACGAGCAAAGAACCAUCACCAUCGUCCACAUCAAUUGAGUCACCACCACCAUCGGACCGAGCAAGCAGAGAAUACCUCGUCCCCAUCACAAUCGAAUCUUACGCCCUUCAAGAGCGUUCGUGGGUCGACUAUCCCAUCUCCUCCAGGACCGGAAGGUAAAGCGAAUCCGAAUCUACAUCACCACCAUGUUCCCCGACCUCACGUACACCAUCACGUGACACCUAGCAAACCUGUCAACACAGUAAUACCGCUUCUUAAAACGACCAUUCAUAGCCAGGUCGUUCUUGACAGCGUUUCAAAUCGGCCUAGAAAUCAUCUUGGCCAUGGAUACUACAGAUCAACACUCAGUGCUUCAUCCUCAACGGUUAAGCGAGAUCGAAUGUCUGACCGAGGCUUUGCGAGCACACCCCAUCCUCUGCCUCGGUUCGAAGGCAAGGAGAACUGUACAUUCACGGUCAAGAUACCCGCGGUAUAUCUCGGCCAUAAGAGUCGCGAAGAAAUCACAAGCCGCAAAGCGCUGUGGGGAACAGACAUCUACACUGAUGAUUCAGAUGUCAUCGCAGCGUGUAUUCACCAAGGCUGGUUCCGUGGAGCAUGGGCUCCUGAUGUUGACGUAUCUCUGCUCGAUCUGGACAUAGAAGUGGAAGGGAAUGGUGCUGUUCAACCACCGGUCGAUGAUGAUGCUCUCAUCACAUCCCCUCCAGCAACUGGACCAAUGCAUGUACCAGAGCGCCGUGAUUGUCAUGUCACAGUCCUCAUUCUACCACUUCUGCAAAAGUACAGCAGCUUGACCCGAUUUGGUAUCCGGAGUCGUGAAUUUGGUGCCAAGCAUGAUGGCUAUCAGUCAAUACAUGAUGGCUUGAGCUUUAUGAUCAUGAGCAUUCGGUGGGUGAAGGGCGUCGAUGGAGAAGACCGUGAAAAUGGCAAGGAGAGAUUGAGUAUAUUUGGUUCUCAAUUGAAUGACCAGGAGCUGGAAGAUGAAGAGGCUCUGGGAGAAUUCUUCUACCGAGGCAAUGGUCCAUUUCGGAAAUCUGAUACUUCCAGCUGGUUCAAGGAAUCAUAUGAACGAGGCUCGGAUCGAUCUGUGAGGAUGGGAAUGGGAACUGCGAAUUGGUGGAAGGGUACAAAUGGAAAAGACAAAAGCAAGGACAAAGAAGAGGAAGUGGUACAGAAGACGAUCGAACCACCUGUCCCGACCCCAGCGCCUGCACCCGUAUCAGCACCGGUGCCUGUUCAAGCUAUUCCCACCCCUCCUACUCCUCAACUUUCAACACCAGCUCGACCUACGAUUCCGCUCUCCUUCUCACCGCCAACACCGGAACCUCUAUCCCCAAUUGCUCCAAAGAACGUUGAACCCGAAACACCUCCAGUUGUUGAACCAUCUCCCCUUCCUCCAGUACCGGAGGCCACAGAGACAGAGGAAACAAUUCGCGAACGCCAAAUCGAAAGAGUCACAGAACGGAUGAUUAAGAACGCGAACACGGCAUCUCCUGCUGUAUUACCAACCACUCCAGUGGUCGAUGGGGCAACGGAAGUCAAGGCGGAGGGAAUACCACCAGCGAAUGGAGAUGUUACCACAAUGUCCGGCUAGACGGCCGGACAGUUGCGUGGGAGGAUGUAUGGAAAGGGAAAUGCAUAUGACCAAGUAAAAUAAAGUACAGUACAGAUAUUUAUUAGCUUGCAACGGCGCUGGUUUGAGCGAACAAGCAAGCGAUGGAGCGUUGAGUUUACGAUUCUUUGUUUGAGUUGAAUUGAG